AUGCUUUUUGGCCUAAGGCAUGUUGUGGUCGCGAAAAAACGAACACAAGUCCGGAGGUUUUUCAAACAACUGGCAUUCCAGCCAAAUUGCCUCCGGACAUGUGAGUGCCAAUUUAAUCCGUGCGGUAUUUGACACAUCUUCAAGGCGCUCUACUAUGUUAUUAAAGACGUGUUUUCUCUCGUCUUUAGCUUCUGACUUUAAUUUUUGUUGUAUAUGGCUGAAAAAAAAAUAAUUUAGCUUUAGCCCUAGCCCAGAGCCCUAGCCCAGAGCCCUAGCCCAGAGCCCUAGCCCAGAGCCCUAGCCCAGAGCCCUAGCCCAGAGCCCUAGCCCAGAGCCCUAGCCCAGAGCCCUAGCCCAGAGCCCUAGCCCAGAGCCCUAGCUUUAGGUUACGUUCUUGCCCUAGUCUUAAUUCAAAGCCAAACCUCUUCGUACCUGGGUGGGUUUAGAAGCUUGUCAGAGGAGCCUGAAAACCUUUGAAAAAUAGGCUUGGCUCGACCCGCAGCUCUGUCUGGUUUUAGCGCUAAACUGAUUCACCUUACAAGCUGCCAGCCUUGUUUUACCUUUACUUUUACCUAAACUUCAAUUUAAAAAAAAAUGUAAUUUUUAAAAGGGUAUUUUACAGAAUGCCUCCACGCCGUUCAGUUGUAUGGUUUUUCAUAAAUGAAGGGAAGUGUAUAUUGUGUCAGAAGAAUAUUCGCUCGACCAAAUGUUCAAACGCCUUUAGGCACCUUCAACGUUCUCAUCCGGAAACCGCAAAAACUUUGGCUUCGAUGCAAAAUACGAGGAAGAAAAGGAAAAAUAGCCUUGAUGAACUUGGUAGGCCUUUAUUAAACCAAAAUAACUAAAUUUUAAAAAAACAAAUUUUAUUUUUUUUUAUAUUUAAAAAUCGAAAGACACUUUCAACACUUACUAGUACAUCUUAAGUAUGAUCCUAAUUUAAGAAAGUGUCUAGCUGUUGCCGAAAAUGAAGUAAAACCACCCAUAAGUGCUACAAAAGAACAUGAAGCUGUAACCAUUAGUUGUACUCCAAAAACCAAAACAUAUGACAUUUCAAUACAAACCAAAACUAAACCAAUCUCUUUGCAACAAAAGAUAGAACAAGACUUGCUCAAACUGUUCAAGACCCAUGCCAUACCAAUUGAUGUUAUUGAAGAUGAAAGCUUUGUGGUAAGUAGAAACCCAGUAUUUUUUCACAUUUACCCUACUUUAACCUACCCUACCCUACCCUACCCUACCCUACCCUACCCUACCCUACCCUACCAUACCCUACCCUACCCUACCCUACCCUACCCUACUCUAACCUAUCCAACCCUAACUUGUUCUAACACUUUUAAUAAUUUCAGAGAAUACUAAAGAACAUACCAAGUUUUACCGUACCGUCAGCAUCUAAAUUUACAGAAAUUUUAAGUCAGACCUGUCUAGAUGAUCAAUGUAAACUAAAGCUUUGA